UUAUAACGGCCUAUAAGGGUUUUCAGUUCCAGUCGAAGAUGGAGACCGAAAGCAUGCCCGCAGCUCCCUUGCUGAGCAAAUCGAAUUCGGUUUUUUGCUGUUAUCUAUUUUGGAGUAGUCUGCUCAUACUUAAAAUGCUAUGCAUGUCUCUAUUGACAGCCAGGCAGCGCAUUAAAACCAAAACGUUCGCCAAUCCGGAGGAUUUGCGGGUGGGCCGAUGCACAGAUGUGCGUUUCAACGAUCCCAAUGUGGAGCGAGUGCGUCGCGCUCAUCGCAACGAUUUGGAGAAUGUGCUGCCCUUUUUGCUAAUGACCCUGGCCUAUGUGGCCUGUGGCCCCCACCCAUUGACCGCCAAGCUGCUGAUACGCAUUGGAGCCAGCGCUCGACUGUUGCACACGAUUUUCUAUGCUGUGCUGCCGCUGCCGCAGCCGACGCGAGCGAUCUGCUUCUUCAUCACGUUUAGCAUUAUGUGCUUCGAGGCGGUCUAUGUGCUCAUCUGUUCCAUCAAAUAUAUCUAAACGGAAGAGACAAGAGAUGGAG